UCAGAGGAAAUAAAACAUUGAUGGUUCCUCCUCAUCAUCCAGUGGAUGCUGAGGUAGCUGUGUGCACAGCUUUUUUUUGGCAAUAACACUUGUUCUUUUCAAGGAGGAGGGGACCUAUCAGCCGCCAAGAUGUCAAGCAAAAGGGCCAAGGGGAAGAACACCAAGAAGCGUCCUCAGCGCGCCACCUCCAAUGUUUUUGCCAUGUUUGAUCAGUCUCAAAUCCAGGAGUUCAAGGAGGCAUUCAACAUGAUCGACCAAAACAGGGAUGGUUUUAUUGACAAAGAAGACCUUCAUGACAUGCUGGCCUCAUUAGGUAAGAACCCCACAGAUGAGUACCUGGAGGCAAUGAUGAAUGAAGCCCCAGGCCCGAUCAACUUUACUAUGUUCCUGACCAUGUUUGGAGAAAAGCUGAACGGCACAGAUCCUGAAGAUGUGAUCCGUAACGCUUUUGCCUGUUUUGACGAGGAGGGAACAGGUAUGAUCCAGGAGGAGUACCUGCGGGAGCUGCUCACCACGAUGGGUGACAGGUUUACAGAUGAAGAAGUGGACGAGCUCUUCCGUGAGGCCCCCAUUGACAAGAAAGGCAACUUUAACUAUGUAGCAUUCACACGCAUCCUAAAGCACGGCGCAAAGGACAAGGACGAUUAGUUACAGAAGCAUCACUGGACGAGGGUUACGAGUUUAUGUGUAUCUUUAAUGGGUUUCCACUAAAGUUAAAAUCGCUACACUCUGUCAUUUGGCUCAUGAUGAGAAAGCUUCACUGUGGUAUAGCCAACAAAAGGUUAUUUGUUUAUGCUGCUUAUUGGACCAUAUCUCUGGAUCCCUUCUCCAACCCUACUAUCAAAGCUCAUUUGCACAUCUGUGAUAACACCACUAAGGGUCUGUAUAAGCUAGUAGAGAUGUAUGAAAAGACCCUCAUGGAUAAAGCUGGAAAUAAACUGGAACAAGGUUUGUGUUACUGUGA